UGUGCUUGUGUUCAGUGUCCCCUCCUGCAGAGAGUGAAGGGGACGGACCCCCCAGCGGUUACGGAUCCAGAGACAGGAUCAUCUGGGAGCGAAAAAGACAAAGGCGAGGGCAUCUCAGGCCGACUGACAGCUGCAGUAGCUGGGAUCCAGGCCGCAGCAGCGCCGGGGCUGACACAGUUCGGAAGCAGCGGCCAACGCCUGGGCCGGCUGGAGGUGCAGCCAUGCGCUGCUCUACCCUGCUCGCCAUCUUUGUGGGGGUGCUCCUAUACUUGGUGCUGGGAGCCGUGGUGUUCCGCGCCCUGGAGAUUCCUAAUGAAAGAAGAAUCCAGGAGGAAUCUGAGAGGCAACUGUCCAGAGUGCGGGAGCACUUCCUGGGGAAUUUCUCCUGUGUGGAACCAGAGAGCCUGAUGGAUUUUUUACAGAAAGUGGAGGAAGUCAUCGAAGGAUUGGGAUCCCCUUCCAAUGACACCUCAUUCAGCAAAUGGGAUAUUGCAAGUGCGUUCUUCUUCUCAGGGACGAUCAUCACAACCAUCGGUUUUGGGAACAUCUCGCCACAGACCGAUGGAGGGAAGCUGUUCUGCAUUUUCUAUGCUCUGGUGGGAAUCCCUUUGUUUGGUAUCCUUCUCGCUGGGGUCGGGGACCAUCUUGGUACUGUGCUGAGGAAAGCUAUUGCCAAAAUUGAGCUUCUCUUCUUGAAAUGGAAGGUUAGUCCCACCAUUGUGCGCGUGAUCUCGGCCAUUCUGUCCAUUCUGCUGGGUUGCCUGGUCUUUGUUGCAGUGCCUAUCCUUAUUUUCCAAGAGGUGGAGGGCUGGACUCUUCUGGAUUCGGCCUACUUUGUGGUUAUAACUUUGACCACAGUCGGCUUUGGCGACUAUGUUGCAGGGGACUCUGGAGAAGCAGGAAGCCAGCACUGGUACAAGCCUUUGGUGUGGUUCUGGAUCCUGGUGGGUCUGGCAUACUUUGCAUCGAUCCUAACAAUGAUCGGUAACUGGCUCCGUGUUCUGUCAAAGAAAACCAGAGCUGAGAUGGAGGAGCUGCGCGCUCACGCCACCGACUGGACUCAGAACAUCCAGAACAUGUCUGUGGACUUCCGCAUUCCAGGAAAAAUCGAUGACCCCUUCAAGCGACGCCGACGAAGACGCCGUCAUGGCCCUCGCAGCCAUGGUCACAGUGUGUCGGCCACUGGAGCCCCUGAGGGCCAGGAUGAACAAGAUGGGAGUCAGACAGAGACUGGAUCUUACACAUCAAGCUCCUCUUAUGAGUCUGGAUCCGGAUCAGAAACAGACUCUCAGGCGACCCAGACAGACAGAGUUCCCGAGGAAAAAACAGCCGAGUCUAAAAAGGAGGAGCCUCCAUCCGAUCCUCAGCUGUCUCACUACUUUGGAGAGAACCUUGCCUUUAUUGAUGAGUCCUCAGACGCUCAGAGUGGCAAACUGAACACGGAUUCUCGCCAUGAUCCGAAUCAACCCAACACACGCCAGGCAAAGAGGAGACGCCACAGACGACACGUUCAGCGGAGGGGCUCAAAGACCAACGACUACAACAGGAGGCAACCAAACGGAAACGUCAAACCAGCUCCAGAUCUGAAGCCUGGUGAGGAAACAAACAACAAUGUGUGACACAAUGGAAGAGGUCAAAAGGAAGUGCAUUGUGGGUAACCAGUCACCCUGUGACACUUUAGAUGAAAACUUAUUGCUGAUGCCUUACAGUCCUUUGCAGUUUGCAUUGAAUUUUUCCUGCAGCAUGUCAGUGUGUUUGCCUGAGUCAGACAUGACGCCAUUCUAUUCAUUACUCUGUGAGGAGGUGCUGCCCCCCACUGGCCCAAGGCUGCAUUGCACUUUCACUCAGUCAACUGUUCCCACAUUUUACCGACCUGAUAAACUCUCAAGGUCGGAAACCAGAGCCACUCCAGAAUCCUGCCAACACACGAACAGGUACUAAAUAUUCUCUAAAUACAACAUUUCUAUAGUAUGAAAAACAUUUUUAAUAAACAGUGCAUUGUGUUCAAGCAUAUCAUUUGCAUUUUGACUUUCAAGUGCAUUAAUCUUGCUGUAAUGCAAAUGUGGAAUAAAUAAAAAGUUUUUAACGAAUGAUUUAAGGUGUUUGAUACAUUUUUUCUUUGUCUUUUUUACAAACAAAUUUCCAAAGUUGAUGCUUUAGUCUCGCUCAAUCAAAAAUUACACUCAGUUUGACACAUAAGGUCAUAAUGAAGCUACAGUAAGUUUUUAUAUAAUGUAAACAAAAUCUAAGAAAAACUUUAACUGAUUAAUUUUAAAAAUUUUCAAGUAAAUCUUUUUUUUUUUCAAAAUUUGGGUAAUAAAUGUAAGCAAUUUUAGUCUUUUGUUGUUUGAAGCGUUGCAGAUGUGUGUAUUUCUUCUUUAUGCUCCACCAAAACAUUUAAGUCAGAGUCUUAACAGAUUGAAACUGAUUUUUUAAGCGGUUCAGUUGUGGAUCUUCUGCUUCAAGAAUAUUCGUGGUCCUGUUUUUUCAUUUCUUUUGAAUAAACCUUUAUCCAUCUGAAAAUGCUUUCAUUUUUCCGAUAGAAUAAAAGCCUCUCGGAUAGGGGUCUAAUAUCUUUGAAGCCGACAGAGACAUUUUUUAUUGACCAAAACCCACCGAGAGCCACAGAGUCCCACCUCACCAAUUAGAAAAAUACAUUUAAUUUAUGUUUUUGUCUCCAUUCAUUUAUAACAUGUAGCUACCGUUUAGAACAUUUGCAACAACUUAAAUAUAAAAGUUUUACCAUUUUCUUUCAAUAACAAUUAAAAAGUCUUACUUUUAACAGCAGCACAUACAUGUUUCUUUUAAAAUAAAACACUCUAUGUCAAAUAAGAGCCUCCUUCUGCA